CCAUAAUACAGUAACAAUGGCGGAUAAGGAAAAGAAGACUAAGAAGAAGAAGAAGGAGGAGCCGAAAGAGGAGGCUCCCCCUCCAAAGGAACCAACUCCACCCCCGCCAGAACCAGAAAAGCCAGUGUCUGUAAAGAAGAAGAGUUCCUCAAAGAAAGUUAAGAGGUCCGGCAGUAAUGUCUUCUCUAUGUUCACCCAGACUCAGGUCGCUGAGUUCAAAGAAGGCUUUGCUUUAAUGGACCACGACAAAGAUGGUAUCAUUGGCAAGAACGACUUGAGCCAGACCUUUGACCAGGUUGGUAAACUCGUCAAUGAGAAGGAAUUGGACGCCAUGUUGGAAGAAGCUCCCGGCCCAAUCAACUUCACCCAACUGUUGUCUCUUUUCGCCGCUAGGAUGUCAGGAGGCUCUGAUGAUGAUGCAACUGUGAUCAACGCAUUUAAAGCUUUUGAUGAAGGUGGCAUGAUCAACGGAAAAGCUCUGAGGCACGCUCUGCAAUCCUGGGGAGACAAAUUCGAAAAGAAAGAAGUAGACGAAAUCUAUGACAACUUAGAUUUGGACGACAAAGGCUACUUCGAAACUGAUGAAAUCAUCCAACUUCUUUUGGGAAGCUCCGAAGAUGAAUAAACAACAACCUAUCCGCACAAACAAUUUUUCCAAUUCUACCUAUUAAGUUUAUCUGUUUAAAGAUAUUUUUAUCAACCUAGAUUAAUAAAUUAUGUUCAAUAAAUUGUUUCUAAAAAAACGUACGAGCACGGUUCACGAUUAUUUAUUUAUUUAAUUAUUUUAUCAUCAAUGUUUGUCAGAGUGUACAUUUUUUCUUUAACUAAUUAUGUUUUUUAAUCGCUAAGAACAAUAAAGGUUAACAACUUUCCAUCAA